UCGUAUGGUCUGUGGUAUGGUCAUCGAUUGUCGAUUGUCUUAUUGGGCGCAUUCAGUAAACACAUUGGUAUUAUAAUCCGGGGCUGUCCGGGGUAAAUCCGGAAACAAAAUACGGUAAGCUCUCAAGUGAUCGGUGACCACAACCGUCGCAUUUUUGGAUCCAGUCUCAGAGACAUAGAUAUAUUUAGGAUUCACUAUCAAAUAAAAAUAAAACAGUUGUCUUUGGGCUGUGUCUUUGGGUUACAAAGUUCAUAGAGAGACAGAUAGGACAGAUAGGUAUUAAUUAUUUAACUAGAAACUAGAACGUGCUUCUUGAAAUUAAAAAAAAAUGUCGGAUGAAGUAAUUCGUGCCCAAAAUGCACAAGCCGGUGGCGACACUAUUUUUGGAAAAAUGCUGCGUAAUGAAAUCUCCUGUAAGUUUAUAUAUGAAGACAAUCAAUGUGUAGCAUUUGAUGAUAUUAAUCCCCAAGCUCCCGUACAUUUUCUUGUUAUUCCAAGAAAGCCCAUUCCGCAGCUUUCAAAAGCAGAAGACGGUGAUGCCUCAUUGUUGGGACAUUUACUAAUUGUAGCUAAAAAUAUCGCAGCUCAACGGGGUUUGGAUGAUGGAUUUCGAAUUGUAAUUAAUGAUGGACCUAUUGGAGCACAAUCAGUUUACCAUACUCAUGUACAUGUUUUAUCUGGACGACAAAUGCGAUGGCCACCUGGUUAAUAACUGGUUAUUAUCUGUACCAUUUAAAAGUUUCAUUAAAUUUAAUUAGAAAUAUAAUGUAAUCAAAA